GGAAAGGUGGAAUACCUGGUCAAGUGGAAGGGAUACUCUGUCAAGCGAGAAGAAUGGCGUAAAAAGCAACGGUUGGUGAGAAAGAAACGAAAACUUCGUCUGGCUAGUGCGGAGAACUUGAGCGACAGCAAUGACAGCGAGCAGGAGGAUGAGGUGGUCAGCCAGCCUGUCACCAAACGCAGCCAAUCCCAGGACAGCCUCUGGCCAUACCUGCCCUCUGACAGGUUGCCCAUGAUGUGGGGCAGCCCACCCCGGGCAGUUAAACAGCAGAAAGAGAACAAUAAACAUCAUAAGCGCAGCAAGAACAGGGUCUCCGGAGAAAGGGGCAUCCGUUCUAUUGAUAGCAAUGCUGAAAACAACAAGCAAACUUCAAAGUAUCAUUCUGAUAUGAAGAAGAGAAGAAAUAUGAAAGAUGGUGUUAAAACGAAUGAUGAUGUUAAUGAUGAUGAGCAUGGCAAUGAUGGUGAGGACAGUAUGGAAGGCAAUGAAGACACAUGGUCUCACUCUGACUGUUGGGAAGUGAAGUCUUCAUCUACGCUAGCAUCAUCUCCGGGAGAGUCUAAUGUUCUCCGAGUGUACAGGGUCAGGUCGGAGGCUGAUUACGAAGAGCAAAGGCAGAACCCUUGUAUCAUGGAUCUGAACUGUAACCAUUAUAACGCUGACAGUGGUUUUGACAACCGUGACAGCAAUGACAGUGUUAAAAAUGACAACUGUCAAAUGAGUGAAUGCACAAAUCGUAACAUUUUCAUCAGUUCCUUGAAUGAUCUCAGACCACAGACCAACCCAUGCACAGAUGCCGGUUCUGACAAUGACAGCCCACCUACCCAUGAGAAUGUCAAGCGCCACACAAGUCUGGUUGCUGAUGAUGAUCAGAAUGACUGGACAUUUGGUGCCAAUUUCCAUGAUCAGGUGAAUACAGAACGGAAGCGCCUUGAAGCCCAACUCCAGAAGGAAGAUGCCGACAGAGAGCUGGAAAGCCACAAACCAGAUUGUGAAGCUGCCAGCUUAAGCGCGGUCAGAUAUCACCACUCCCAGAGCUACACCAGCCCCGACCACUAUCAUCACAAGAAGCUGCACCAUGCCAAACGUCGCCGCUGCACUCUGGACACGCAGCAGAAGAUCAUGGUCACAGAUGUUGACCACAACCAGGUCAGGGUCACAUUUCUGGAGAGUACAUCUCAUGAUGGAUUCUUUAGACCCUGGUCAGAAUCUUGCUUUUUCAAGCCUAAGGUUCAGGAUGAUUCUCAACAAUGUCCCACAGACAUUGGUUCUUUCCAGCCAUGCAGACAAGUUGAUGCUUUUCAAUCUUCAAGAGAGUUUGGUUGUGUCUCAUCCUUUGAAAAGACUAUACCCUACACAGACCGCAAGACCCUCACACCUUCAACAGAGAUUGGUGCCUUCCAGCUUUCCACAGAGGUCCAGACUUGA